AUGUCUAGUAAGUUUUAUUAUCUUAAGGGGUCUCAUAAGCCAUCGGCGGUAUCAUCAGAAGAUGAAUCAUCAAUGUUAAUGUAUGGUGGCAGAGGUGGUUCUCAAGUAUCUACUUAUUUUAAUUAUGAAGCUACCCCUAGAGGACAAAAAAUUUCCUCGAAAUAUGAUCCAGAUAAUCCAAAUAAACAUAAAUUGGGUACUUAUGAUGGUGUUUUUGUUCCUACUGCUUUAAAUGUUUUAUCAAUUUUAAUGUUUUUAAGAUUUGGAUUCAUCCUAGGCCAAUUGGGUAUUUUAUGCACCUUAGGUUUAUUACUAUUGAGUUAUUUAAUUAAUUUGCUGACUACUUUGAGUAUAUCUGCAAUUUCAACUAAUGGAACUGUUAGAGGUGGUGGUGCUUAUUAUAUGAUCUCAAGAUGUUUAGGUGCUGAAUUUGGUGGAUCCAUUGGUUUGGUAUUUUUUUUAGGUCAAGUUUUCAAUAGUGGUAUGAACGCAGUUGGUAUCAUUGAACCAAUCCUCUAUAAUUUCGGUCUGAGCACAAAUCCGGAUGUAGAAACUGCGUUGAUUGGACUUUUACCAGUGGGUCGUUGGUAUGAAUUUUGUUAUGCUUCUACCAUCCUUUUCCUCUGCCUAUUAGUGGCUUUAGUUGGGUCUCAAACUGUAUCAAGAGCAGGCAAUUUCUUGUUUUUUGUUUUGGUAUUAUCAAUAGCUUCUAUCCCAGUCUCUUUAUUCUUCAAGCAGCCAUUCAACACAAAUAUUCAAUACACAGGCCCAUCUUGGAAAACAUUGAAAGGCAACUUAUUUCCACAUUUGACACAAGGAGCUGCAGGUUCACUCCUUAAGGGAAAGGAAACUUUCAAUGAUUUAUUUGGUGUUUUCUUCCCUGCUACAGCUGGUAUAUUUGCCGGUGCUGGUAUGUCAAGCGAGUUGCGUAAACCAUCGAAAUCAAUACCAAAAGGUACAUUAUGGGGUUUAUUAUUUACGUUUAUUUGUUACUCCAUAGUUGUAUUGGCAAUGGGAUGCUCGAUUCCAAGAAAAACAUUAUACAGAGACGUUCAAGUAAUCCAAUCAGUUAGUGCUGUUCAAUGGUUAAUAUUUUUAGGAGAACUAUCAACCUCUUUGUUUUCUAUCAUAGUAGGUAUGGUAGGGGCAGCUUAUGUGUUGGAUGCGAUCUCUAAGGAUAAUGUUUUACCAGGUUUAUCAUUUUUUAGUAAGAAACCAAUUUAUUCACUUUGUUUCACUUGGUUUUUAGCUCAACUUUGUCUUUUCUCCAACGUGAACAAAAUUGCAACCUUAAUUACUAUGACAUUUUUAAUGACAUUUGUGGUGAUGAACUUAGCAUGCUUUCUCUUAAAAAUAUCAUCUGCUCCAAAUUUUAGACCAUCCUUCAAAUAUUUUGAUAAAUAUACUGCAUUUUUUGGGACAGUAAUAUCUACAACCGCAAUGUUCAUUGUUGAUGGAAUGUCGGCAUCUGCAGUAAUUCUAGCAAUGAUUGUUUUAUUUCUCUUUAUUCAUUAUUACUGCCCGCCCAAGUCUUGGGGAGAUGUUUCCCAGGGGUUAAUAUACCACCAGGUAAGAAAAUAUCUUUUACGUUUAAGACAAGACAACAUUAAAUAUUGGAGGCCCCAGAUCCUGCUUUUUGUCGAUAAUCCUAGAACGAGCUGGAAUUUGAUAAGAUUCUGUAAUCAUUUAAAGAAAGGUGGUUUAUAUAUCUUGGGACAUGUAACGGUAAUUGAUGAGUUACAAGGUCAAUUUAAUGAAGUACGUAAACAGCAAAGAGCAUGGAUGAAGAUUAGGGAUCUGAGCAAUAUCAAAGCCUUUGUGCAAAUAGGUACGGGUCCAACGUUACCGUGGGGUGUUAGAAAUGUAUUUUUAGGUUCUGGGUUAGGUGGUAUGAAACCAAAUAUUACAAUUAUUGGAUUUUUUGAUUUAUAUUCAUAUUAUCACGGGGCUCAGCUAGAAAAUUCACCUAAAGUACGUCAUAUUUCUGGUUCAAGAAUUAACGACCCACUACCAACUGAUGAAUGUAAAAAUGAAGAAAAAAUCAAGGUUCAGCAAUGGGUUGAAAUAAUAGAAGACUUAUCCCUAAUGAAAUCUAAUAUAGCUGUCGCACAUGAUUUUAAAAAACUACCUCUACCAGAUAAAGGAGCGACUGUUAAAGAGAAGAAGUAUAUUGAUCUUUACCCCAUACAGAUGUCCGCUGAGAUGAUUAUUAAAGAUAAACAAGAAUCGAUGUUAACAACAAACUUCGAUACAUAUACACUUAUCUUACAGUUGGGUGCAAUUUUGGUUACAGUUCCUGAAUGGAAAAAUACACAUACAUUAAGAAUUAUACUCUUUGUAGAGAAUGAGCAGGAUAGAUCUAAUGAAAGCCAAAGAAUGCAGAAUUUGUUGGAAGUAUUAAGAAUUGAUGCAGAUGUGUUAGUAGUAUCAUUAGACCAAUUCAGAAUAUAUAAGACUAUUAUUAAGGGUGAUCCAAUUAUGUUUGACUAUGUUUCAUCUAUGUUACAAGAGGAUGAAUGGUGGAAGGACUUAAGUAUGGCAAGAAAUUCGUUGCGCCCAAGACGUAGAUUUUCUACUUCCAAUGCUAUAGCCAUACAUUCUGAAGUCGUAAAGCCAAAGAAAUAUAAUACUUCAAAAUUGCAAAAACUUGGAGUUUCUCUUAAAAUGACGCCAAAAAUGCCACAGGAUAUAAAUAAUAGUGCGUUUGCUUUUGGUGGAUCUGAAGAUGAGGGAGAUGAAACUGAUGUACGAUCAAUCCAAGAGUCUAAUACGUCAUUGAUAUCUAUUGAACAAAGAUUAAACUAUGAAACUUCGAGAAGGAAACCAAACAUUAAUAACAAAAGGCUUCAAUCAACAAAAUUACCAUAUAGAAUUGCUUCAACAAGUUCUUUACAACCGGUAUUUUCAAGUAAUACGUUACCCAAGACCAAAGUCAUCGAGGAUGGUACUGGGGAGCAACCUACUAUUGUCCCAAUUGAUGAGCAAGAACAUAUUGACAACCAGCUAUCUUUAACAAGAAGUAUUAGCCCAAAACAAACGGAUGGAACAGAUUUCUCACCCUCUCUAUCACAUGAUAGUCUGAUCCAGGAUAUGAAUAAGUUAGUAUUUAACAAUGUUCCAAGUAUUGCACAAUAUUUGAUUUUAAAUGACGUAAUGACUCAGUUAUCAAGUUCUUCAGAUUUAAUAUUUUCCACGUUACCGCUUCCACCACUAGGCACACACAAGGACCCAGAAGCUAGUCUUCAAUAUGUAAGAAAUUUAGAUAUUUGGCAGGAAGGUUUACCGCCAACAAUGUUGAUAAACUCUCAAACAAUGACUGUUACUACAGCUUUGUAA